CUUCACUUGUGGUAAUUCAAGUGGGAGAAAGAGUCUAUGGAACGGUUACAAGUCUAGUGUAAUCUUUUACAUCAGCGAGGUGGAAGAAAUUUUUAUAUCUUGCUGUUGAUUUUUGCUGUCACAAUGUUGGCACUUUCGAUUCUUGUGUUAUUUUUCUCAAGGUCUGUACUCUCAGAUCAAGAAUUGAAGCUAGUUCAUGUGGUAUUUUCGCAUAAAAUGUACGCGCCAAUUCAAAUAAAUCAAAACAACACUUUCAUGUUUCCUGAAAAAUUAGACUACAAAUAUUUUUUGGAGUCAACUGAUGAUAUGGUCAAUUCGGCUAAGUUGGACAUGUACAAUCUGGGAGUAUUUUUGAGGAAACGAUAUAAUUCUUUUCUCGGAGAAAUUUUUCACCCGGAAAUAAUGCGCAUGCGCACUACAGAGUAUCCUUCGUCUAUGAUUUCUGGACUUUUGGUUGACGCGGGUCUUUGGCCACCUUCUGAAGCCCAGAAAUGGGAAGCGAAUUUAAAUUGGCAGCCAGUUCCAACAGACUAUGUAGCAGCAGAUCGAGAUACUCUAUUGCUAGGAAGUUUGUGUCCCAGUUUUAUUGAAGACGAAAAAAAAGCUCAAACCAAAACUCCUGAUAAGCAUAAAUUAUUUUAUAAUACUCUGACAGAAUCCUAUGGCUCGAAAAUAGAAAAACCUUCAGAUGUUGCACUAUUACUAUCAACUUUCAGAACUAUUGUUGAUUCAAAUUUGUCACUUCCUGCGUGGGCCGAGGAGUUAUAUCCUGACAAAUUAUUGGACGCGACUUUCUUGUCCUACGAUCAAUCGGCUGAGACUAAACGUCAGAUGCAGCUGAACGGCGGAACAUUAUUGCAGAAAAUAAUCAGCAACUCAAUGGCGCACGAGAAAAAUAAUGGAACCAGCAAACUUAAAAUCUUUAUGUACAGCGCCGAGGAGCGAACUUUAAUCGGGUUAUUAAAAAUUAUGAACUCAUGGUCUCCUCACAUCUUGAGUCCAGCAGCGGCAUUGCUUUUUGAAGUAUAUGCUGACUCCGUAACUAAUAAAUAUGCCAUUAAGAUGAUGUUCUAUACAUAUAAUGAAACAGUCCCAUUUCAUUUACAAAAUUGUGGUGAAUAUUGUCUUCUUGAGGAUUAUUCAAACGAAUUAAAAAGUGUACUUCCUGAAAAUGCAACGGCGCUAUGUCAACUAGAAACGACAAAUAAUCCAAACUCGUCUCCGAUACCGACAAUUGAUACGAUACUUUUAUUUAUAUUACUAAUCUUUACAAUAAUGAAUAUGACUUAAAAUUGUUAAAUUUUAUAAAUAAUAAAUAUCUGUUAAAAUAAAUAAUUUUUUAAAAACAAAAAA